UGACCUCUGACCUGAACUAAAAGGAAAACAACCAGCUGAUUAAAACAGCCCAUCCGCGCGGCUCUGGUUCUGUUGACUCUCUGUCCUGGACUCUAAAGCUGAAUGUCUGAGGCGACUUGACUCACCUUCGCUGGACAGGUCCACAAUGAGCGAGCCAAGUCCAGACAUGGAUCAAGGGAGGAUCCCAGUCCUGGUGUGUCAAGAGAGCUUCGCCUGCGGGGGCUCAGACGAGGCAGCAUACGAGUGUGAUGAGUGUGGCAGCCUGCAGUGUAUCCGCUGUGAACUGGAGCUCCACCGGCAGAAGCGGAUGAGAAACCAUGACCGGGUCCAGAUCAAGCCCGGCCACGUUCCCUUCUGUGACCUCUGUAAGGGGGGCAGGGGCGACGGCGUCCGGGUCAGGGCGGCGGUGCGCUGUCAGGGCUGUAAGAUCAAUCUGUGUUUAGACUGCCAGAAACGCACUCAUGGAGGGGUCAACAAGAGGAAGCACCCUCUGACACUUUAUCCUCCGGCCAAAGAAAGCUGUGUCACGGAUGGGGAGGGGGAGGUGGAGGCUCUCAGGUCCAAGCUGGAGAAGGCACGCAGCUUCCUGUUAGUCAAUGAGAAGGAGGAGGUGCAGGUGACAGAUGAGGAGGACUUUGUUAGCAGACUCGGCUGCAAACCAGAUGAACUCCUCAAAGUGGUCUCCAUCUUUGGAAACACCGGAGAGGGCAAAUCCCACACCCUGAACCACACCUUCUUUCUUGGGCGAGAAGUCUUCAAGACGCUGCCCACCCAGGAGUCCUGCACCAUAGGCGUGUGGGCUGCUUUGGAUCCUCUGCACAGGGUGGUAGUCAUCGACACAGAGGGACUCCUCGGGGCAGGAGCUAAUCAGGGUCAACAAACACGCCUCCUCCUCAAAGUCUUGGCCAUUUCUGAUGUAAUUAUUUACCGAACGCACAAUGACCGUCUCCAUGACGACCUCUUCCGGUUCCUUGGUGAUGCCUCAGAUGCCUACUUAAAACAUUUCACCAAGGAGCUGAAGGCGACCUCGAACCGCUGUGGUCUGGACGUCCCGUUGUCCACACUGGGUCCUGCAGUCAUCGUUUUCCAUGAAACCGUCCACACCAAGCUGCUGGGAUCAGACAAGCAGUUGGAAUCCGCGGAGUGUCUGCUGCAGGAGCGCUUCCAGAAGCUGGGCCUGUUUCCCAAAGCUUUCAGCUCCCUGCAGUACUGUGGGACUCGAACCUACAACCCUCCUACAGACUUCAGCGGGCUGCUGCGCAGCUUGGAGCACCUGCUGGACAACAACAGCACCCGUUCGCCCCGCAGUGCAGGCGUGAUCUACAAGGCUCUGCAGGCCCUGAGCCAGCGCUUCAGUGGAGAGAUUCCAGACGAGCAGAGCGGCGCCAACUCCUUCUUUCCAGAGGAGUACUUCACCUGCUGCUGCGUGUGCCUCAGCUGUGGAUCAGGCUGCAAACAAAGCAUGAACCACUUAAAAGAAGGACUGGAUCAUGAAGCCAAACACCGCUGCUGCUAUUCUGCUCAGCACGACAACCACAUCUACACUUGCAAGGCCUGCUAUGAGGGGGGCAAGGAGGUGAUUGUGGUUCCCAAAACGACGGCCUCGUCGGACUCUCCCUGGUUUGGCUUGGCAGUCUAUGCUUGGUCGGGGUAUGUCAUUGAGUGUCCCCACUGUGGAGUGAUCUACAGAAGCAGGCAGUACUGGUAUGGAAACCAGGACCCGGUGGAGACUGUUGUGCGGACAGAGAUCCAGCACGUAUGGCCUGGGUCUGACGGUUUUUUGAAGGAUAACAACAAUGCUGCUCAGAGGCUGUUGGAUGGAGUCAAACUCAUCUCUCAGUCCGUUUCUGAACUUAGUGUCACACCUGCCAAAGCUGUCGCCUCCUGGCUCACUGACCAGAUCGCCCCACCCUACUGGAAACCAAACUCCCUCAUCCUGAAGUGUCACAAAUGCAGCCAAGAGUUUCAGCCCAACUCCACCAAGCACCACUGCCGAGCCUGUGGGGAGGGGUUCUGCGAUGCGUGCUCCUCUAAGUCCAGACCGGUCCCAGAGAGAGGCUGGGGGCCGGCGCCAGUUAGAGUCUGUGACGCCUGCUUUCACAGCCCAGAAAUCCCAAACGAGGUGCUGGAGGCCGUCUCUGAAGAGGAGAGGAGCUCUCUGAUAGCCAGGAAGGUUGGGGAGGCUGUGCAGAGCACCUUUGGUGCUGUGAUCGGAGUCAUCGACAUCCCUCUGGGCCUGGUGAAGGAUGCUGCUCGGCCUGCGUACUGGGUCCCAGACCAGGACAUCCACUGCUGCUGCGAGUGCCAAAGAGAGUUCCUCCCGCGUUUGACCAUCCAUCACUGUCGCGCCUGCGGUCAGGGCGUCUGUGAUGACUGCUCCCAGCAACGCCAGCUAGUGCCAUCCAGAGGCUGGGACCACCCGGUCCGGGUCUGCAACAGCUGCAGCCAGAACCGCGGUGACCUUUAGCAGACGGUCGCAGGCAUAGGGGAGAAAUGUAGAACUCGUGGGAGAGACCGGAUGGAGGAGUGAUUUCCUCUGUGAGCAACAAGCAGGUUUCAAGAAGAAACACGAUAACCGCCAAGCCCUCCAGCUGAGUCCAGAGGACUUCCCAUGUCUGUCUGAUCCUUCCACAGGACUCCCAGAAGACCUGCUGAUCCUCUGCAGCUCACAGCUGACUUUACAGAGAAUCACUCGCUCUGUUUAAAUGUCCAACUCUCAGAAGUAAUAGAGGAUCCAUGCAGGAAUACAUCCAGCUGUGUCUUUAAGUGAAUGCUUUGACAGAACUUUAGCACUCCUCGUUUGGUCGAUGAAGGUUCUCAGAAAUUGAGUCAGGGUCUCUGGUCUUUUCUCUGGUCUUUCAGCCCUCCACUCACUGGAUGAGUGGUGAAACUUCAAGACUUCUCGUCUGGUUUUCAUGUCAGCUCUGCAGGGAAUGAUGGGAAGUUUCACUUCCAUUAAGCUCAUCUAUCAGUCAACCCUUCUCUGCAGGUGGAUGCAUCAGAAUGGAGCUUCUACGUCACAGCUGCAGGUCUUUGUCUGUUCCUGUUCACAAUUUGAAUAAAGAAAUACUCAAAUACA